AUGCUUGCAACAGUUCGCUACUCCCCUGUUUCCGCCAUUGACGAGGAACCUCAAGCUUUCAACAUCAUUCCUAACUUCACAACUAAAAUCAACAGAGAAUUUUAUAAAAUCAAAUCAAAAUUUAUUUCAAUUAUUAAUUUUCAUAAUCAGCCAUCGUUUGUUCGUCUAGAAUCUCCAAUAAAUGAACAUAGAGAGCCAAAAGAGGCAAACUUUCUACAAUAUCUAAAGUGCAUUCCAAAUUCUAAAGCGUUGAAUCAACAAAAACGUGCACCUAGGCAAGGGCGAGGGUUGUCAUUCUCAUCAUCAAUUCAUCAGUCAUACAAGCAGCAAACAAGACCUUCAACUCUAUUUUCUUUAUUCAAGAACAAAAGAAGCAUAGCCAGUGUUUACAAAAGGUGA